AUGUUCCCUCACGUCGUUGCAUUCUCCACUUUGUUCGUUCUGGCGUUCUCUGCACCGAACCCUAUUGCUCCUAGCCCAUCUGACAAGUUUGCGGCCGGGUCCCAGUGUACGAUCCAGUGGACUGCCGACCCAAAUGGAAUAUGGACGAACAUGAACAUUGGUGCGGCUUCAUACUCUUCCUUCCAGAUCCUUUCUCAUCAUGUCCUCGGUCACAGAAUUGAUGACUGGACCCAAUUCUCCUAUGAUUCAUUUGAGGAGUAUGCUUCUAUUCCUGAUGACCGUACCUUUACACCACCAGGCCUGAAAUAUUGUCCCCCCGGUCCCAUCGUCUUCUACCAAUUCACCGACCAGGCUGACCCUAAAAGUGUCCUCUGGACCGGACGCUUUACGAUAACUGAUGCAGAUGGUACAUCUGAUCCUGCUCCGUAUACCGACAGCAACGGUGUCGGCUACGGCAACGCAACCUUUGAAGACACGUCACUUUAUAACGCCCAGCCUUCUUACCUCGUGGGUAACGGUCAGCUCGUCCAGACUGCCGGCCCUUCUCCAUCGUCAACUGCUACUGGUUCAAGCAUCACUUCCGUCAUUUCUGCUGCGACUACGACUACGGCGUCAUUUCCCGGCAAGAUGUCAACUACUCCCGAGAUAACUUCUUCUACCAUUACAGGUACCACUGCUGCCACCACCACCGCCACCACUACCACGAGCGCUGGCGCUGCUCUCGCCUUGUCCGUGCCUGGGUCAACUUUCUUCUGGGUCACUCUCCUUGGGAUGUGGUUGGUGUGACAGUUGGUCUAUGAACCCCGACAGCCCGUCAGGCGAGAUAAAGAUGGUAUCACUUCGCCCUUCGGGCAUAUUUCUUCAUUCCCUUUUGUGCUCUCAUCUGACCCGUCACUCCCGGUGGAGACCUUGUUGCUCCAUCGUGUGGAUCGCGACCUUCCCUUUUUAGUAAAACGGCAAUGUGGUUCAUGCAAGCAGAGUUUUAGUUCUUCUAUACUUUCCACUUUCUUAAAUACUUU